GAGGAGAGAAGGAGUGCUACUAGUAAUACCCCUGGAGCCUACUCCCCCCAGUGUGACUCAGAGGGCCAGUUCCUCCCCACUCAGUGCUCUGGCUCUACAGGGUACUGCUGGUGUGUCAACGCUGCUGGAGAAACAGUUCCUGGAACAAUGACUCCUCCAGGACAAACAAAACCCAGCUGUGCAGAUCGUCCUCAGACCAGGUGUGAACUGUGGAGGGACAGUGUGUCCCAGCUCCCUGGAGCCUACGUCCCCCAGUGUGACUCCCAGGGCCAGUUCCUCCCCACCCAGUGCCGGCAGUCUACAGGGCAGUGCUGGUGUGUCACCCCUGCUGGAGAAGUGGUCCCUGGGACACUGACUCCCCAAGGACAACCAAGACCCACUUGCACAGGUUCCACCCUCCCAGGUCAUCCUCUGACUAUGUGUGAGUGGUGGAGGGCCGGUGUGGCCCACCUCCCUGGAGCCUUCCAACCCCAGUGUGACUCCCAGGGCCAGUUCCUCCCCAUCCAGUGCUGGGAGGCUACAGGGCAAUGCUGGUGUAUCAACCGUGCUGAAGAAGUGGUCCCUGGGACACUGACUGCUCAAGGACAACCAAAACCCAGCUGUACAGGUCCUGCUCAGACUAGCUGUGAACGGUUGAGGGACAGUGCUUCCCAAGUCCCUGGAGCCUACGUCCCCCAGUGUGACUCCGAGGGCAGGUUCCUCCCAACCCAGUGCCGCCCUACAGGGCAGUGCUGGUGUGUCAACGCUGCUGGAGAUGAGGUCCCUGGGACACGCACUUCUCCAGGACAACCAAGACCCGUCUGUCCAGUUCGUCCUCUGACCAGGUGUGAACUGUGGAGGGCCAGUGUGUCCCACCUCCCUGGAGCCUACGUCCCCCAGUGUGACUCCCAGGGCCAGUUCUUCCCCACCCAGUGCCAGGUCUCUACAGGGCUAUGCUGGUGUGUCACCCCUGCUGGAGAUGUGGUCCCUGGGACAGUGACUUCUCAAGGACAACCAAGAACCACUUGCACAGGUGUUGUCCCUUUCUAUCCUACUUUGCCCACCCCUACAGAUCCUCCCCUGACCUUGUGUGAGCAGAGGAGGGCGAGUGUGACGGUCCCUGGAGCCUACGUCCCCCAGUGUGACUCCCAGGGCCAGUUCGUCCCCACCCAGUGCCAGGUCUCUACAGGGAUAUGCUGGUGUGUCACCCCUGCUGGAGAUGUGGUCCCUGGGACAGUGACUUCUCAAGGACAACCAAGACCCACUUGCACAGGUUCCACCCUCCCAGGUCAUCCUCUGACCAUGUGUGAGUGGUGGAGGGCCGGUGUGGCCCACCUCCCUGGAUCCUUCCAACCCCAGUGUGACUCCCAGGGCCAGUUCCUCCCCAUCCAGUGCUGGGAGGCUACAGGGCAAUGCUGGUGUAUCAACCGUGCUGAAGAAGUGGUCCCUGGGACACUGACUGCUCAAGGACAACCAAAACCCAGCUGUACAGGUCCUGCUCAGACUAAAUGUGAACGUUUGAGGGACAGUGCUUCCCAAGUCUUUGGAGCCUACGUCCCCCAGUGUGACUCCGAGGGCAGGUUCCUCCCAACCCAGUGCCGCCCUACAGGGCAGUGCUGGUGUGUCAACGCUGCUGGAGAUGAGGUCCCUGGGACACGCACUUCUCCAGGACAACCAAGACCCGUCUGUCCAGUUCGUCCUCUGACCAGGUGUGAACUGUGGAGGGCCAGUGUGUCCCACCUCCCUGGAGCCUACGUCCCCCAGUGUGACUCCCAGGGCCAGUUCUUCCCCACCCAGUGCCAGGUCUCUACAGGGCUAUGCUGGUGUGUCACCCCUGCUGGAGAUGUGGUCCCUGGGACAGUGACUUCUCAAGGACAACCAAGAACCACUUGCACAGGUGUUGUCCCUUUCUAUCCUACUUUGCCCACCCCUACAGAUCCUCCCCUGACCUUGUGUGAGCAGAGGAGGGCGAGUGUGACGGUCCCUGGAGCCUACGUCCCCCAGUGUGACUCCCAGGGCCAGUUCGUCCCCACCCAGUGCCAGGUCUCUACAGGGAUAUGCUGGUGUGUCACCCCUGCUGGAGAUGUGGUCCCUGGGACAGUGACUUCUCAAGGACAACCAAGACCCACUUGCACAGGUUCCACCCUCCCAGGUCAUCCUCUGACUAUGUGUGAGUGGUGGAGGGCCGGUGUGGCCCACCUCCCUGGAGCCUUCCAACCCCAGUGUGACUCCCAGGGCCAGUUCCUCCCCAUCCAGUGCUGGGAGGCUACAGGGCAAUGCUGGUGUAUCAACCGUGCUGAAGAAGUGGUCCCUGGGACACUGACUGCUCAAGGACAACCAAAACCCAGCUGUACAGGUCCUGCUCAGACUAGCUGUGAACGGUUGAGGGACAGUGCUUCCCAAGUCCCUGGAGCCUACGUCCCCCAGUGUGACUCCGAGGGCAGGUUCCUCCCAACCCAGUGCCGCCCUACAGGGCAGUGCUGGUGUGUCAACGCUGCUGGAGAUGAGGUCCCUGGGACACGCACUUCUCCAGGACAACCAAGACCCGUCUGUCCAGUUCGUCCUCUGACCAGGUGUGAACUGUGGAGGGCCAGUGUGUCCCACCUCCCUGGAGCCUACGUCCCCCAGUGUGACUCCCAGGGCCAGUUCUUCCCCACCCAGUGCCAGGUCUCUACAGGGCUAUGCUGGUGUGUCACCCCUGCUGGAGAUGUGGUCCCUGGGACAGUGACUUCUCAAGGACAACCAAGAACCACUUGCACAGGUGUUGUCCCUUUCUAUCCUACUUUGCCCACCCCUACAGAUCCUCCCCUGACCUUGUGUGAGCAGAGGAGGGCGAGUGUGACGGUCCCUGGAGCCUACGUCCCCCAGUGUGACUCCCAGGGCCAGUUCGUCCCCACCCAGUGCCAGGUCUCUACAGGGAUAUGCUGGUGUGUCACCCCUGCUGGAGAUGUGGUCCCUGGGACAGUGACUUCUCAAGGACAACCAAGACCCACUUGCACAGGUUCCACCCUCCCAGGUCAUCCUCUGACCAUGUGUGAGUGGUGGAGGGCCGGUGUGGCCCACCUCCCUGGAUCCUUCCAACCCCAGUGUGACUCCCAGGGCCAGUUCCUCCCCAUCCAGUGCUGGGAGGCUACAGGGCAAUGCUGGUGUAUCAACCGUGCUGAAGAAGUGGUCCCUGGGACACUGACUGCUCAAGGACAACCAAAACCCAGCUGUACAGGUCCUGCUCAGACUAAAUGUGAACGUUUGAGGGACAGUGCUUCCCAAGUCUUUGGAGCCUACGUCCCCCAGUGUGACUCCGAGGGCAGGUUCCUCCCAACCCAGUGCCGCCCUACAGGGCAGUGCUGGUGUGUCAACGCUGCUGGAGAUGAGGUCCCUGGGACACGCACUUCUCCAGGACAACCAAGACCCGUCUGUCCAGUUCGUCCUCUGACCAGGUGUGAACUGUGGAGGGCCAGUGUGUCCCACCUCCCUGGAGCCUACAUCCCCCAGUGUGACUCCCAGGGCCAGUUCUUCCCCACCCAGUGCUGGGUCUCUACAGGGCAGUGCUGGUGUGUCACCCUUGAUGGAGAAGUGGUCCCUGGGACAGUGACUCCCGUGGGACAAGAAAGACACAGCUGCAGAGAUCGUCCCCAGACCUUGUGUGAGGAGAGAAGGAGUGCCGCUGGGACAGCCCCUGGAGCCUACGUCCCCCAGUGUGACUCCCAGGGCAGGUUCCUCCCCACUCAGUGCUCUGACUCUACAGGGUACUGCUGGUGUGUCAACGCUGCUGGAGAAACAGUUCCUGGGACACUGACUCCUCCAGGACAAACAAAACCCAACUGUGCAGUUCGUCCUCAGACCAGGUGUGAGCAGUGGAGGGCCAGUGUGACCCCGGUCCCUGGAGCCUACGUCCCCCAGUGUGACACCCAAGGCCGGUUCCUCACUACCCAGUGCUGGGGCGCUACAGGGCAGUGCUGGUGUGUUAACUAUAAUGGAGACAUCAUCUCUGGGACACUGACUUCUUCAGGACAACCAAGGCCCAGCUGCCCAGUUUGCCCUCUGACUCAGUGUCAGAGGGAUGCCAGUGUGGCCAACCUUCCUGGAGCCUACGUCCCCCAGUGUGACUUCCUGGGCCAGUUCCUCCCCACUCAGUGCUGGAGUGCUACAGGGCAGUGCUGGUGUGUCACCCGUGUUGGAGUGGAGGUACAGGGGACACGCAGGUCUAAAGAACAAUCGAGACCCGCCUGCCUCUAGAGCCACGUCUCCUGUGAGGGGGAGGAGUCUCCACACAGGCCUGUCCUGAUGAUAUCAUCCAUCUCUCUAUCAUCUGUACCCAUCUCUCUCCCCAAAUCUCCCUCUUUCUAUCCAUCUCUCUGAUCUGGUUUUCAAUAAAGUUAAAUCAAACUA